CAAAGAAUGUUUCUCAACCCUAAAGAAGCCGCAGCAGCAGCAUCUCCAUCUGCAAAACCCUAAUCUUCGAUAAUCACAUCGUCUAGGAAAAGAUGUCGGUGGGAGAGCUCGCUUGCACCUAUGCUGCUUUGGUCCUCCACGACGAUGGAAUCCCCAUCACGGCGGAGAAAAUUUCGACCCUGCUGAAGGCUGCGAAUUUGUCUGUUGAGUCGUACUGGCCCAGUCUCUUCGCUAAGCUUUGCGAGAAGAGGAAUGUUGAAGAUCUCAUCAUGAACGUUGGCGCUGGUGGUGGCGGUGGCGCCGUCGCAGUCGCUGCUCCAACUGCUGGUGGCGCCGCUGCCGCAGCUGCCCCUGCCGCUGAGGAGAAAAAGAAGGAGGAGGAAAAGGAGGAGAGUGACGACGACAUGGGCUUUGGCUUGUUUGAUUAAGUUCAGUUAUAGUUUGAAUGAUGAUUUUGUGUUGAACUUGUUUUAGAUUAGUUUAUAUGGUAUUUUGAUGCAGUGUUACUGCAUAUGGUACUUUGAAUUUUGAGGUAACCAAGAGAUUCAUUCAUCUUAUGUGAGUUCAGUUUUCGUUCAA